GGCUACCAAAUUUCCUGAGUUUCCCAUUCUACCCCUGCCGACCGACACAUUCCCCUGUCUCGCGCCCGACGCCGCCCAGCACUCGUUCCCCAUCACUCGUCUCUCUCUCGCGCCCGACGCCGUCCUCUCCCCGUCGAUGUGCCCUCUCGCCGGCAUCUUGCUCCGCACCAUCGCCUAGCUCACCGCUCCCAACGCGCCACCCUCUCAAACUUCGGCAAUGCACUGCUGGGCGAGGAGUAGAUGCAGAAAGCUGCCAUUUUUAUGCGCCGGCAACGCGCUACUGGGCGAGGAGGAGGCGCGCGCUGGCGCUAGAUCUGAGUGCGUUGGCGCUCGAUCUGCUUUGUGGAGAGGCAUGAAGGAGGCGCUGAAGCGGAGCCGGAGCGGCGCCGGCGCGGGCGUGAAGACGGCGGCAGUAGGAGCUGGAGCCCGAGCAGGUGGAGGUGGAGCCGCAUCUGGACCAUGUACUGCAUCAAGAUGGAUGGAGUAGAGAGCCUAGAGUAGGAAAGAGCCUUGGACAGGAGCCAUGGACAGCGCAUGACAGAGCCAUGGACAGUGCAGCAUCACAAACUUCAUUCCUGUAGAACCUGAUGCAGCGCAGCAUCACAACCUUGAUGGAAGGGGGCCAGGACAUGAAGGGAAAAGCUCCUGCCCAUAUCGAUUCAAGAGGAGAGGAGGGCCAUGGAGGGAGAAGCCUGCUGCUGCAAUACGUACCUUGUCGUCCUCAUGCAGGUGGGGUGUACUUGAGGUCUGGGAGAUCCAUGUUCUCCGGGCAACUGAAAAGAACUUUCAAGAUUGUUUUAAAGAAGGGCUAUUGGAAAAAGAUGUGUGAGAGUAUUAGUGACUCAUGUGUGGGCAUGCCGCACCUUUCAGAUGCAGAGGGAGUAAUGGGCGAGGAGAUGAACCUAGGCGAGCAAAAUUGAGAACUCUAGCUAAAGCAGCUCCUGCCCAGCGGCGAGGACUUCAGCGGCAGCAACACCUGUGCAUGGGGAGGAACAGCCCCUGGGCGCGCGCAGGCAGCAGCUCGCCUCCACCAGCGGGCGACAGCAGAGCACCAGCUCGCCUCCACCAGCGGCCGGCAGCAGAGCAGCAGCUCGUCUCCACCAGCGGGCGGUAGCAGAGCACCACCUGGGUGCGCGCGGGCCAGGAGGAGCCCCUGGCCUGGGAGAGGAGGAGCGCGGGGGUGGAGAUGGAGGUGGAGGGCGGGGGUGGAGGUGGAGGUGGAGGGCGGGUGGCGGAGCCGCGGAGGCGGAGGUGGAGCGCCGGGGCGGAGGCAGAGGUGGAAGACGCUGAGGAAGAAGACUGACUGAUUCAAAGUUUGAACUGGGGGCAUAAAUGUCCAUUUGCCCAUUUUCACCUGGUUGGAACAUAUUCCCCAGCGACAUACAUUUUGGAACAGAGGGAGUAGCUCUUUGCUUCAGAACAAACCUCAAGGAUGGAGAAAAAGCCCUGACCAAAUUCAUCAAACGCAAAGUAAUCAAGAAUUCAGGAGUAAACUCCCAGGGUUUCUUGUCUGGGCAAUUUGCCACAGAGUGACCCUGACCAUAGCCAUCACACUUCAAAGGAGUGGAUAACGAUGCCAGGAUAACACUAUUUUUGUGUGCAUCACUACCCAACAAUGUCUCUGCUUCAUUGCGCUCUC